AUGGAGUCCUACAAGGACAGAGGGGAGUCUGAGAGGGAGUCCCGAGAGGACAACCGGAGGAGGUCUAGGAAGGACACUGAGGAGUCGGAGAAGGAGCAGACCGAGGGGGUCCGAACGAAGGACACCGGAGGGGGGUCCGACACGAAGGACACCUGGGGGGUCCGAGAAGGAUAUCCGCGCUACGAGGGUCGCGAGGAGUACCGAGGGGUCGAGAAAAAAAGGCGAGGGCCCGAGAAGGACAGCGAGGAGUCCCAGAAGGAAACCGAGGAUUCCGAGAAGAAAAGCAGGGGACCCAAGAAGGACAGCGAGGGGCCCGAGAAGGACAGCGGGGAGUACGAGAAGGACACCGCGGGGUCCGAGAAGGUCACCGUGGGGUCCGAGAAAAACAGCGAGGGGCCCGAGAAGGACACCCAGGGUCCUAGAAGGACAGACACCGGGGGGUCCCAGAAGGACACAAAGGGGUCCGAGAAGGACACCGAGGGGCCCGAAAAGGACAUCGAGGGGCCCGAGAAGGACAGCGAGGGGCCCGAGAAGGACAUCGAGGGCCCGAGAGGACAUCCCGAGAAGGACAUCGAGGGGCCGAAGGACAUCCCGAGAAGGACAUCGAGGCCCGAGAAGACAUCGAGGAAUGACACCGAGGGGUCCAAGAAGGACACCGAGGGGUUCGAGAAGGACACCGAGGGGCCCGAGAAGGACAUCGAGGGGCCCGAGAAGGACAUCGAGGGGCCCGAGAAGGACAUCGAGGGGCCCGAGAAUCGAGGGCCGAGAAGGACAUCGAGGGGCCGAGAAGGAAGGGUCCGAGAAGACCGAGAGUCCGAGAAGGAAACCGAUGAGUCCUAG